CGUAGGACGUCGCUUCAGAGCAGAGGCAUCGGCCUCAUUUGCUGUCCACAAGGUGCGUCGUCAGAUCGCUCCCGGCUCUCAUCAUACACUUGUCUUCGUAUUGGGCGGAUAUGGGAAUAAAGCUCCUCCAAGUCGACACUGAGCGUCAGUGAUCGAAGUCGUUCGGCCUCUUCGCUUGAGGUCGACACGAGGCGGCCAACCUUAUUGCAUCGCAGUCUCACGCACCACAUACGUGUCCCUUGUUCACCAUCGUGGUCAACGUUCAAGCCGCAAGCUUCAGUCGUCUCCCACAAUCGCAGCCUCGUCGCGCACCAGGUACCGUAAACCAUACGAGAUGUCGUUGCAAUCUGAUCCGAACACCGUCGACGCCACGCAGGCAGUCCCCCCUACGACCGACGCACCAGCACCCUUCAAUAAGCCCACCGCCGAUCUCAUCCUCCGUUCGUCGGAUGGCAUGAACUUCCGCGUGCGGAAGGCCAUACUCGCAGAGGCAUCUCCCGUAUUCGAGGACAUGUUCAUGCUCCCUGCGUCGCAGGACGCUGACCACCCGGCCGGCAGUCUCCCCGUAGUCCCAAUGACGGAGGACAGUUGCACCCUGGAGGGGUUGUUGCGUCUGUGUUACCCAGCCAACGACAUGCCAUUACAGACGUUGGACCAGGCAUCUGCCCUGUUGGAUGGAGCAAAGAAGUACGCUAUGGAUGGCGCGCAGCGCUUCCUACGUCAAAGGCUCUUGUCCUUCGCCGAAACCUCCCCGGUGCAAGUUUAUGCACUCUCUGUGCGCCAUGAGCUGCCGGAUGUAGCAAAAGCCGCCGCACAGGCGUUCCUCGCGAUCACCAUCUCGAACAACGAACUGAGGAAAUCAACAGACCUUCGACAUAUCAGCACUUCUGCGUUCCUGUGCCUCCUCGACUACCGCGACCGCUGUGCUAUCGCUGCCAUGGGCGUUUUUGACAACUUCACUUGGAUUGAUGCGAAGAGAUGGUGCUGGCUCGAGGCAUGUUGCCAAAGUCAGGGGAUCGUUCUUGUGUUUGAAAAUGGUGUUCAAAGGGACCCUCGAGCAUGGUGGCUACGAUUCAUGGCACGCUGCCGCGGCCUGGUGAAGGCGAGCCCAUGCGGAAAGGCGCUCGCCUCUCACAGCUGCACAGACGUGGCUCUCCAGGAGGCCGGGAGGUGUAGAAGCUGUGUCUCCCGUGCACCAGUUGAAUUGGAUCAAUUUGUGGUUUGUCUCAUGGCUCAGGUAGACAAUGCGGUCGCACAGGUUGAAUUAGACAUGGAUUGGUAGCCACUGCAGACCCUGCCACGACCACCAGAUGACCGCUAUCGUGCAGGCCAGGCGGCUGGUCCGAUUGGUCUCCUUACACCAUAUACAGUGCCCCGCUCAACAGAUGACAUGAAGCCGUCAAGUUUGCUGGGGAUGUCACUUUUCGGACGUCAGACGAGUACUUAGGUGGUUUUCAACCACAACCGUCUGAUGUGUUUAUUAUCCCUGGCGCUUAAAAUAUGUCUUCCCAAAAUGACCGUUUUUGCGUGUAGUAUGCAUCAAGGACACGGCUUCAAACGUAUACAAGGCUCAUAGACACCAGUCUGAAUGCAGCGGGAAGGUGCUAGGCACUCUGGCACGGGUGGG